AUGAAAUGAGAAAAUGGAAAAAAAGGGUGUCUCAUUCCCCCCACCUUACUAUAUAUAUGUUACACAUUUUACAUAGUGGCCAAAAUGUUUUAAUACUAAUAUAUUGGUGUUAUAUACAAAUGUAUUGUAUAUUUGAAACCAAAUACUUAUAAACGGUUAUUACUUCCUGUUAUUUUCUUCUUUAAGGUCUGAAUAAUCCACUUUCUUAACAAGACAUAUUCACUCUUUUAUAAAUAGCAAUCAUAUUAUUAAUGAGCAUAAAUUAGUAGUAUUGUAUUGAGACCCCCAAAAAAUUAAUUGACAACCCAAUUAAUCAAACAAAAACAACCGAUUAGUUAAAAUACAAUGACAUAAUGUUUUUUAAAUAUUCUUAUGCCUUUUCUUAUGCUACAAUUUAAACUAAUUAUCACAUUGGUGCAUUAAAAUCAUAUAUGGAGUAUUGUGGGGUAAGACGGGACACCUUUAGCACAUAAUAUCCAAAUAUCCUGAUCCUGUUUUUAACAAUUAACAACGGUCUAUGGGAAUCGUGAGGAUUCGGUUUUAUAAUUUUUGAAAUAUUUUUUGUUUACUAUCAAAUGGGCCGGAAAAAAGAAUAAAAGGUGUUCCAUCUUCCCCAACCCUACUAUAUAGUAGUUUAAAGUUCAUUUAUCCAGUGGCAGUGUCCAUUAGUUACUAGAUUUUUUCCCGCUCUAUAUUUAAAUAAUUCCAAUUCGGAAACCCAAUGUUAUAUUCAAUAUAUGUCUGUGUACAAAAUAUUUUGCAUUGAUACCUACACAUAUUUAAGAAUACUGAAUGCCUUGUUUAUAAAUGUCUGUUUAAGUGUAGUUUUUCAUACUCGAAAUUGUAUUACCAGCUUUGGGUGCAUAAUUUAAUAGGAAUUACCACUUAGUGCAAAAUGGCUGGAAUUUUGGAUAAUUUUCAAUGCCCUUCUUGCGACUGCAUUGAACUUGGAGAAAAGAGAAAUGCUGUCGCUGCUGUACUAUCUGGAGCUUUGUUUUUUAGUGGCUGGUGGAUAAUUAUUGACGCAGCUGUUCAAUUUCCAGCGGAAAGUGAAAUGCCACACGCAGUUCAUGCAUGUGGAGCAAUAGCUUCUUUAGCUUUUUUUAUGGUAAAUGCAGUUUCAAACGGUCAGGUACGAGGAGACUCUUAUUCUGAGGGCUGUCUUGGCACUACAGGUGCCAGAAUUUGGAUGUUGCUUGGUUUUCUUUUGACUUUCGGAUCCCUUAUUGCUGCUAUGUGGGUUUUGUUUGGAAUAUAUGUUGUAAACACUACAAAGGGAAACUCCUAUCCUGGUGUUGCUGUAUUUCUGCAAAACGCCCUAAUUUUUUUUGCCACACUUAUUUAUAAAUUUGGUCGUACAGAAGAGCUAUGGGACUAAGCCUAAGAUUUUUACAGCAUUGUUAUUGUUUUUAUAAUAUAGUAGGGUGGGGGAAGAUGGGACACCUUUAGCACAUAAUAUCCAAAUAUCCUGAUCGUGUUUUAAACAAUUAACCACGGUCUAUGAGAGUCGUGAGAAUACGGUUAUAAUUCUUUUAAUAUUCUUUGUUUACUGCCAAUUGGAUGAGAAAAUAGAACGAAAAUGUGUCCCAUUUUCCCACACUCUGUUAUAUUUUACAGUCCUAAAAAAUGAAAUAGAAUUGGAAUCUAAAAACAAAAUUGAUCAGAAAAAAUUACAUGUAAUUUAAUACGAAAAAAAAUACAUGCAAUUUCCUAUGUAGAUUUUCGUAAAUAAUAAAAUUGUUUUUAUUUUUAAAUAAUACUAUCUUUUUUUACUUUUUGUUAUCACUGUCUGAAAAAGUCCUAACUUUAAAUGAAACUCUAAUUUGUAAUGCAUUUUAUUGGCUUAAAAUUAUACAAUUUUCCUUCACUUAAAAUUUAUUCAAUAACAGUUUCUUUGCAAUUUUCGCGGUAAAAUGUUUGGGACAGAGUAAAAAAUGGGUAAUUUACUGAUUUAAAGUUUAUCUCAGUGGUGCAACUGCUUUAAAAAUAAAAUAAAAUUUAUAAAUAAUAUUAAAACGAAUUCAAUAUUUAAAUUUGUGUUGUACAUAUUAACAAUUUCUUCAAAUGUAUAUUUGUUGUUCUAAUUUUGAUGUUGUAUUUAUUCUCCUAAUGUGCUGCAGUUUAUUUUGCACCUGUGUUAUUAAAGUCAUUUCUAAACUGAAAA